AUGUGCGAUGCAGCCACUGGACAAGUUGAAUGCGUGACCACUACAUGCAAACACUCAGAGAGGUGCGGGCUAGUGAACGGCGUACGGGGCUGUUACCCCUCCAGCUAUGCCACCUGCUCUGUGACAAGGAAUCUGCACUACACCACCUUUGAUGGACAGAGAUACGACUUCAAAGGCACUUGCCAGUACCAGCUCACAGCCCUGUGCAAGAAGGCAGAGGGACUGGUGGACUUUGAAGUCAACUUCCAGGAGAAACAAUACUACUCCUCUCCGUCCUGUCCCCUGAACAGUCACUAUGAAUUCUGCAGCAGCAGCUGCGAUCUGACAUGCAGCAACCUCUAUGCCCCGGUGCAAUGCACGACCCAGUGUAAGGAAGGCUGCAUGUGUGACAAGGGCUUUGUUCUCAGUGGCGAGCUCUGCAUCCCCAUUACCCAGUGCGGAUGCCUCCACAGGGGAUUUUACUACCAGGCCGGGGAGACCUUCCACCCGAGCGGUUCAUGCGAGGAGCAGUGCGUGUGUCUGGCUGGUGGGGAAGUUGUGUGUAAGGCAUUCUCCUGCAGCACUGGUGAGCAAUGCAGGGUGGUGGACGGCAUCCAGAAAUGCCACCCAUUUGGAUCUGCGACCUGUUCUGCCUCUGGCCAUCCCCACUACCUCUCUUUCGACGGGGUCCCCUUUGACUUCCAAGGCACAUGCACCUACAUCCUGGCCAAGACCUGCACCGAUGCCAGUCACCUUACACCAUUCACUAUCAGUGUAGAGAAAGAAGACUGGGGCAGUGGGAACGUCUCCAUGGCCAAGCUGGUGUCCAUCCAGGUGUAUGGGAUCACACUCACCCUGCUGCAGAGCAAACAGGGGCUCAUCAUGGUGGACGGGGUAUCCCACAAUCUCCCCGUGAUAAUGGUCAAUGGGCAGCUCCGAGCAUAUCAACACGGCACUAAUGUCCUGGUGCAAACUGACUUUGGCCUCACUGUGAGCUACGACCUGGUUUACCAGGCCAGAGUCACCAUCCCAGGGACCUACCAGGGCCAGACGUGUGGCCUGUGCGGGAACUACAAUGGAGAGCAGGACGAGGAGUUCCUGCUCCCCAGUGGCAGGAGAGUCCCUGAUGUGGCAGCAUUUGGCUCUGCUUGGGAAGUCGAGAUCCCAGGAGCAUCCUGUACAGACAGAUGUGCUGGAAACAGCUGUCCAGUUUGCGAAGAGAAGAAGAAGGACGUCUUCAAAGGGCGCAACUACUGUGAGCUGCUCACAGACCCUGACGGCCCCUUCGCGGCCUGCCACGGCGCGGUCAGCCCCAGUGUGUAUCAGAGCAACUGUCUGUACGAUGUGUGCCUGGGAAACGGGGAUGCACAGGUCCUGUGCCAGAGCAUCCACAGCUACGUGACAGCCUGCCAAGAGGCGAAGGUCACCAUCCAGCCCUGGAGGAGCGCCUCCUUCUGCGCUGUGAGCUGCCCUGUUAACAGCCACUACGAGGUCUGCGCCGACCUCUGUACCACCACCUGCUCUGGAGGCAUCAUGGACUGCCCGGAGACCUGUGCUGAAGGCUGCCAGUGUGACGAGGGCUUCCUCUUCGAUGGCCAGGGCUGUGUGACUCCAGAGAGCUGUGGGUGCUUUGAGCAUGGGAGAUAUUACAAGCCCAGUGAGACAGUCCUGAGAAAUGAGUGCCAGCAAAACUGCACCUGCGUUCCUGCCCGAGGGGUGACUUGCAAAGCUCACAGCUGCACCAGUGGAGAAACAUGCCAGAUCAGAGACGGCGUCAUGGACUGCAUCGGCCAAGCCUGGAACCCUGACCCGUAA